AUGGCGGGUCCAACCGGGGACGUCGACCGAAUCACAGAGGAAGACAGAAGCCAUUUUGAUUUUAUAGACGUUUUACUAAAGAUCUCUAAAGCCCUUACUGACCAGGAAACAAAAGAGGUGAGGUUGUAUUGCAUGCACCUUGUUCCAAAUAGAGACCUCCAAGGAUCGCAAGCAGUUGAUGUGUUUCUUACGCUCCAAAAGCGUCGGAAAAUAGACCGAGAGAAUCUGGUCUUUGUUGAAGAGAUUCUGGAAAGAAUCGGACGACAGGAUCUGGUCAUGGAUAUUUUGCGACCGUUUCAACGGCCCGACCGAGAGAUUCCGGAAAAUCCCGAACUUGAACCGGGAACAAGCAGCGAAGGUACCGACGAGGAAGGCAAUUCAACUGCAAACGUCUACGUGGCCCUGGACGGCGAAGUUCGCAUGAUACAGGAAAAUCUAGAUCGUGUAAGAAACAAACUUGCGAAGUUAUCUCGCAUCAAGAGGUCAAGGGUAAAGUUCAAAGAUUGGAAGAAACAUAAGAGCAUUCUGAUGCACUUCACCAUUCCGCGAGAGAGCACUGCGGUGCUGAGGCUCAUGGCGAGUAACUCCGACCCAAGACUUGCAUUUAUGGGCGUCACGUCACUGCAGAUCGACGCUGAAGCACCAAUCAAAGUCGCACAGGGGGCGCUUUUCAACGAUAUCAAAAGACGGCGAACCGUCGAUGACAUCGAGGUGGGCUGCAGUACCCGCACCAAGCAGCAGAGGGCGCCCAGGAACUGGACCCGCCUGUCCGCUCUGAACCUGUUCUCGGACGCCCUGCCCCUCCAUCUGCAGGUAGCGGCGAGUCUGGAGUACCAGGGCUUCUCCUAUAGCCUGGUCCAGGCUCUGGUGCAGAAGGAUCAGCUCAGAGAACAAGAGAUGAAGAAGAAGGAUCAGCUCAGAGAACAAGAAAUAAAGAAGAAGGAUCAGCUCAGAGAACAAGAGAUGAAGAAGCUCAUCCAAAAGGCAGAAGUGGAUUCCAACACGAUCAUGACCUUGCGCUCCAAGCUGAUCAUUUCAGAGAACAGGUUGAAGGAAGCCCUUGAGGCGAAUGCAGUUCUUGAAAAGAAGCUCCAGCAGGCCCGUGAAUACGCCGAGAAAGCCGCUAAGCAGGUCACCUCUCACGUGACGGAGUACAGGGGAGAGAAACCACCUGGCGGCUGGUCACAGGAGUACAGGGGAGAGAAGCCACCUGGCGGCUGGUCUGCACAUGUUGAGAAGGCAGAUGUAGCCACACAGACACACCUAGCGGCUCACGAGGCCACUGCAGGGGAGGAAGAAGAUUUGGGUGAAACCGUACGAGAAGAAUUGACUGCAACGGACACAGACAAGAGCGCGGAAAGAGAUGAAAAUGUGGACAAACCAGCAGAGCAAAAGCGACCCACGUCAGCAGGGGCAGAAGGAGCGGCACCUCGUACUGCUGGAAACUUCAGACAGGGUAAGAUCACUUACGGCGGGCAGGGAUCAGAACCCGGAAAAUUUAAGUACCCACGCGGCGUUGUGGUGUCGUCUAGUAACGAGAUAUUUGUGGCUGAUAUGCACAACAGGCGAGACCAAGUCCACACCACAAGGGGGGUUUACCUCCGCCACUUCCCAACAGUCGUACCGGGUACAGAGGACAAGGACAUGGCGCCAGAAGAUGUUUCAAUGGACGGUAACGGCACACUGUGGGUAGUGGGGGAGGGUGAAUCAGCUGGUCAUGUUGUACAAUACAGCACGGACGGGACCGCCAUGACACAGUUUCACCUUCAGAAAAGCGUGUAUAUCCGCGGGAUUGCGGUUGACAUGCGCAAUAACCACAUCCUGGUGACUGAUGGAGACCGUGGUGAAGUUGAGGUGUUCCGUGCGGACGGAUCUCUGGUGCGGAGGUUCGGACAUCCAAGGGAUGAGAUGAGAUACCCGCGGUGCAUCACUGUGGACGGGGAAGGGAAUAUCCUUGUGUCGGACUGGGACUCUGACUUUGUCUACAUGUAUGACGAGUCCGGGAAGUUCCUGCUGAAGUUUGGAGGUGAGGGAAGUGGUGAAGGUCAACUGCGGUAUCCCCACGGCAUCUGUACGGACAGCUCGGGUCACAUCAUCGUGGCGGACUAUGGGCACAAGAGGGUACAGAUGUUCACACGUCACGGCGAGUAUGUCCGGAGCUUUGAGACUGGGUUUCAGCCAGAAGGCGUGGCCGUGGGACCGGAAAGACAGCUGGUAGUGACUAAUUGGCAUAACGAUUCAGUGAUAAUUUUCCCCAGUUAUCUAAUGGCAGCUCCGAUCCGUAGCAGAGUGACAGAGGCUGACAGGCGCCAUUUUGAUUUCGUGCAAAUGCUACAACGUAUAUCCGAUGAGCUAAUAAUGGAUGAAACGAAUCUCCUGAAGUUGUACUGUAGUCAUUUGAUUCCAAAGGGCAUUGCAGAAAGACUUAAUCAAGCACUUGAGGUUUUCCACAAGUUGAUAGAACUGGACAAGAUAGACCAGGAGAACUUGGACUUUCUUGAAGAGAUCUUGGAAAGAAUGGGGAGACCAGACCUGGUGAGGGACGUUCUGAGGCCGUUCCAACCACCUGACCGAGAAGUUCCGGAAAACCCCGAACUAGAACCGGGAACAAGCACUGAUGGUGCAAGCACUGAUGGUGCAAGCACUGAUGGUGCAAGCACUGAUGGUGCAAGCACUGAUGGUGCAAGCACUGAUGGUGCAAGCACUGAUGGUGCAAGCACUGAUGGUGCAAGCACUGAUGGUGCAAGCACUGAUGGUGCAAGCACUGAUGGUGCAAAAACAGCAAAUGCUUACUUAGUCGUUCACGGCCAAAGACACAUGAUCCAGGAAACCGUAGAUCGUUAUAGAUACAAUCUACGAUCGCUUUGUGGCACAGGGAGGUCACGGGUCAAGUUCAGAGGCUACAAGAAAGGCAGAAGUAUCCUGAUGCACUACACCAUACCGCGGGAGAGCACAGCGGUGCUGAGGCUCAUGGCGAAUAUCUCUGACCCAAGACUUGUAUUCAUGGGCGUCAAGACACUGCAGAUCGACGCUGAAGCACCGUUGGAAGUCGCACAGGGGGCGCUUUUUAAGGAUGUAAAGAGACAGCAGACCGUCGAUGAUAUCGAGAUGGGCUGCAGAACCCGAACCAAGCAGCAGAGGGCGCCCAGGAACUGGACCCGCCUGUCCGCUCUGAACCUGUUCUCGGACGCCCUGCCCCUCCAUCUGCAGGUAGCCGCGAGUCUGGAGUACCAGGGCUUCUCCUAUAGCCUGGUCCAGGCUCUGGUGCAGAAGGAUCAGCUCAGAGAACAAGAGAUAAAGAAGAAGGAUCAUCUCAGAGAACAAGAGAUGAAGCGGCUCAUCCAAAAGGCAGAAGUGGAUUCCAACACGAUCAUGACCUUGCGCUCCAAGCUGACCAUUUCAGAGAACAGGUUGAAGGAAGCUCUUGAGGCAAAAGAAGUUCUUGAAAAGAAGCUCCAGCAGGCUCGAGAAUUCGCCGAGAAAGCCGCUAAGACGGUCACCUCUCACGUGAUGGAGUACAGGGGAGAGAAGCCACCUGGCGGCUGGUUACAGGAGUACAGGGGAGAGAAGCCUCCUGGUGGCUGGCCACAGGUCGAGAAGGCAGAUGAAGCUACACAGACACACCUAGCGGCUCGGGAGGGCACUGCAGGGGAGGAAGUAGAUUCGGGUGAAACCGCAAGAGAGGAAUCAACUGCAAAGGACGCAGAGAAGAGCACGGAAAGUGACGAAAAUGUGGACAAACUAGCAGAGCAAGAGCGACCCACGUUAGUAGGGGCAGAGGGAGCGGCACCUCGUACUACUGAAGACUUCAGACAGGGUAAGAUCACUUAUGGCGGGUUCGGAUCAGAACCAGGGAAAUUUAAGUACCCACGCGGCGUUGUGGUAUCUAGUAACGAGAUAUUUGUGGCUGAUGAAGACAACAGGCGAGUCCAAGUCCACACCACAAAGGGGGUUUACCUCCGCCACUUCCCAACAGUCGUACCGGGUACAGAGGACAAGGACAUGAAGCCAUCUGAUGUUUCUAUGGACGGUAACGGCACACUGUGGGUAGUGGGGCGUGGUAAAUCAGCUGAUCAUGUUGUACAGUACAGCGCGGACGGGACCGCCAUGGCACAGUUUCACCUUCAGAAGACCGGGUAUUACCGCGGGAUUGUAGUGGACAUGCGCAAUAACCACAUCCUGGUGACUGAUGCAGACCGUGAGGAAGUUGAGGUGUUCCGUCCGGACGGCUCUCUGGUGCGGAGGUUCGGACAUCCACAGGGUGAGAUGAGAAACCCGCAGUACAUCACUGUGGACGGGGAAGGAAACAUUCUUGUGUCGGACUGGGCCAGUCAUUCUGUCUACUUGUAUGACGAGUCCGGGAAGUUCCUGCUGAAGUUUGGAGGUCAGCGAAAAGGUGAAGGUCAACUAUGGUAUCCCCACGGCAUCUGUACAGACAACUCGGGUCACAUCAUCGUGGCGGACACUGGGAACCACAGGGUACAGAUGUUCACACGUCACGGCGAGUAUGUCCGGACCUUUGAGACUAGGUUUCAGCCACAUGGCGUGGCCUUGGGACCGGAAGGACAGCUGGUAGUGACUGAGCUUGACAGCCAUUCAGUGACUAUUUUUCCUAGUUAUCUGUGGUUAAAGUGA